UUGCUACGUCGUGCUACAGCAACAUCAAGACCACUACAAAUGGUGAACCCAUGGUCAGCAGAAAAUCAGCCGGCGGUUAGCGUUCGUCGCGCUGGAUCGGGAUCCGGCGCGGAAGCACAGCAUCUUGAGUGGGGUUUUGAUUGAUCGGAUGCGGGCUCUGCCUUUACUUAGCGUUGGUUGCGCCGCGCGCAUAAUCAUCACAUGGUGUUUUUGCGGUGAUGAAUCGGACGACCAGAGAUGCGUAGCUAUCUCUGCAUGCAGCAAGGAGGAAACCGUUGUGGUGUGCAGACCCAGGAGGGGUUGGUCGAAGGUAGCGCGAUCGAACAACUCCGCGUUCUUCGUGCAUGCGUUGGGAACCGUGCUUCUCCUCCGAGCAACGACUGUGCGUGAUGUGCUUGAUACGCGGAACUAUGCGCGGUAUGGAAACUGUUGGGAAGAUGAGAAUCCUGGUAAGCAGUAUGGGCCGUCGGGCAACAAGCACCGACACCGAGAGCAGGCAAAAGCAGAUCGUCGCGGCUUCAGGUCAUGAGUAUGUAUGACUUACACG